CCUACAUCAUCAGGACCUCUCCUCGACCAGCCUCCUCCCUUUCGCCAACGCUUCAACCGUCUCUAAUAGGACCCACUCCGUCUACCUCAAACCUCAAAAUGCAUCCAACAGUCCUUCUCUCGCUCCUCAGCGCCGCCGUUCUCGCUGCGCCCAUUGACCCACGCAUCGAAUCUCGUGCCCCCUGUCCCUCAGGAGCGAAGCGCGCCCAGGCCUACUGCCUUUUCGACAACAACAUUCCUAGAGAGUCUGAGGCCAAGCGCGCCGAAGCCGUGGAGGCGUACCACGACAUCUUCCUGGUCACCGAACUGGAUACAAGAUCUGAUGCGAGUAGAUUGACUCGGGGAGGAGGUAGAUGUCGGGGUGGCAUUUCGUUCAUAUCUUUGGAGAUUUUAGAGAUUGGAGGUGGUGGUGAUGAUGAUGGUGCAAUAGUCACUCAUUUAGCAAUGUACUUGGACUUUUGGGCCACUGCUCUUUCACUCGUUAAGAUUGUGUGUGUGUGUGGAAACGAUUUCAUAGCUUCCCAGAAAGUGUCAAUAGUGCUUUUUCGUACAAGCUAAUUAGGGACGAAUUUCAAACCCCAUGCUGCUCAGGGAGGAAAUCAGGCACAAUCACGCUGGCUCAUGUUGGCUCAGGGGUUGCUCAGCCACUACAUACGGG